CAGUGUUAUAACCAACCAGACUGCAGCCCCCUCCCCUGUUACACUCACUUUCCAUAACCCUUAAUGUACCUCCCCCUCUCUCUCUCACUAACUCCCCCAUCACCACUCUCCCCCUCUAUUAAGUUUCAAGCGUCUCUUCCUCCUGAACUGAACAGCACACGCCAAACAGGGGACUGGACGUAAAACAGACACUGGCUCUCCUGGUCCUUGCCUCCAUCUCCUCCCAUUUUAUAAUUUCCCUGACUUCAUCUGCCACCCACUUCACUGUAGCUUUACUCAUAUCACUUUCAGUUUAAUUUCAUUGUCUUGCCUACUUAUUUUCACUUGAUCCUUUGUUCACGCUGACUGCUUUUGCUCAAUUUACCCAUCCAUCACAGGAUAGUUGAUAGCUUUUUUUAAAUACACUGUUUUUAAACCUGCACCUUAUUCACACUUAACCUUUGCCCAUUUCCUCCUUCCAUCUUGUCAUCUAUUAUUUGCUCCACUAAUAUUUAGCCCAAGUGGCCUGUUCUUUCCCGUGGUCUUCCUCGGGCCUGGCCAGUUGAGAUCAGUAUGUGGUCCAACUUCUUCGUACAGCAGGAUGAGGACGGUCGCAUCGGGGUGGCAGGGGCUGGACAAGGUGGGGGUUUAGGUGGAAUUAAAUCUGGAAGGGGACAGAGGAGGACCCACAAGAUGAGCGACAGCGAGGAGGGAAAGAUCAAGCUGGCCUUCUUCGUGGCUAUCAUUGGCGUGACCCUGACGGUGUUGGGCAUGGGGACAGAGUUUUGGGUGGAGCUGGCCCAAUCAAAGAAUUUCAGCGGCAACCAGACCUGCCAGAUGGCCCAUUAUGGCCUGUGGAAGGGCUGCAUUCGUACCCUAUGGGUGGCUGACAUAGACCCAGAGAGGACGAGCUGUGGCCCUGCUGAACUACCUGGAGAAACCAACUGCACCUACUUCAAAUUCUUCACCUCUGGGGAGAAUGCAGUCAUAUUCAAGAAGACAACUAACAAGAAGCUGAAUCUAGCUGCAGCUAUCUUGGCCCUUUUCAGUCUGACCAUGAUGGUAAUGGGCUCCAUCUGUAUCGGCAUGUCUCUCAGCAAAGGAGUGCCCUUCUUUCUCAAGCCAGCCUCCUUCUGUUUCAUCCUAUCAGGUGUACUGGUCCUUCUCUCUAUCCUGAUAUUCCACCAGUCCGUGCUGGCCUUAUUGUCCAGUGACCACUCCAUACCUUUACACCAUGAGCUGUCCUGGUCUGUGGCCUGCGUUGGCUCAGCGGGUGCCAUUCUUAUUUUCGGAGGUUUCCUCUUCAUCAUCCUCUCCCUUCCUUUCAGCCCCUGGCAGAAAUGCUUGCCACACAAGAAUAGCGCCACCUAGCACUUGAAUGAUAAUAAAAUAUGCACAUAGUAUCCUUGAUGUCUUGUUUGAGAGCAAGUGGAAACGUCCAUUUCCUGAUUGGCUGUGACUUUGCUUGCUCUUGGCAUUCAAUUUGUCAGGGAAGUCACACAAGGUCUUAAUCAAAUGUUUGAAGAGAAGUCAGCAUUAGUGAGACCUCCAGAAUUAGUAAAAAUUAGUUUUAGUGGUUUUUUUUGGGUAGAAAAUAGAUGAAAGGAACAACAGGGCUACUGCUGUUAAAUUUGUAGCUGUUGUGUUUACUUAAAGCUGGGGUACUUAGUUUUUUAGGCAGUUUUUUUUGGCGUCAUUAGGCAAAAACAAUUUCUUUCUAACUUUCAGCAUAUGGUAGACUAAUUCAAGUAGUUUCACCUCUUGGCUCUGUUUUCAGGCUUUAGAAAAUCUAGCCUGUGACAGAAGACUUUGGCCAAUCACAGGACAUGUCAGAGAGAGAGGGCGUUCCUGUUGGCGUCCCUUCAGAUAGUGAAAGCAUGAUUCAAUGAUGGAAAGUUCUGCAUAAAAAGUUGCUAUUCCAGCAUUAGCAACAACUACCUACACUACAAAACCCUAAAAAAAGACAUACUUGAAGAAAUAAAGUCUAAGAGAGAGUCUGACAAUAAACACAAUAAAACACGUGUCAAUAUCAGUGAAGCGUUUCAGAGAUAGAGAUAACCUUUUCCAAAAAGUUUAGCCUUCUUCUAACCGUAGCCAAAGACUCACAGCUGUGGCUACUUCAUUUUUAUGUAGUUAGCUAGAGCCUCCAAUCACAGUAUGUCAUCUCAACAAGCUCUACAGGCCCACAAGUUUUUAAAGAAAACCGGACAGCAAUAUAAUGGCAUUAGGAUCACAAUCACGAUCGGAAUGAUUGAAAUGAAUAGCGACUACUUGUACAGGUGACUGUAUAAAGCAUGUGCAUAUACUGGUGCUCAUCUGGUGGGAGGGGCUUAGGACCAAGAGCUGCAGGAGGAAGGUGGUAUUUUCAAACUGGUGUUUUGUGUGUCACAAAUAGGCUUGUUAGCCUGCCCAUAGCUGUACAUCCACACAUAAAACCAGUCUUUUUGCUAGCAUAAGGAGUGUAAAUUAAAACUUUU